AUUAUAAUAUGAAAGAUGGAAUGAAAUCACAUGCUUCAGUGUUUACAAUAUAUCGGAAAGCGAAGAUUCUUAUGAAUCCAGCUCUUCGACAGCAAUCUAGAGAAGCUCAAAAUGAAUAUUUCAAGUCAAUUAUCGAAAAUAGUGAUCUUGUACAAAAAGAAAAGGAUUAUGCAUAUGUAUUAUUAAAUAAGGAACUUGACAAUAGAAAUGUCUUAGAAGGUGUGG